CAGUAUAUUCCACGUUAUUAGUUUGUAGUUCUGUGCGUUGAAAACACGGCUGGGAGCAAUCGUUUUCAAUCUUGUGUUUUAAGCCUUUUCAUCCGGGAUUUCCGUUGCAGUUCUGCAAGCUAUAUCUGGGCCUAAAUGUUGAGUUUGUGCUUCCUUUCGCUCGGGAGGUCAGCAGAAUGCCUGAUACAGACGCUGAUUUGCCCGGAAAUAUAGGGACUGUUUAACAAUCUGGCUUUCUCGGAAUUCCUCAGUGGACUGUUUUCGACACUAAGUUUAUCUGUUUUGGAUAAUGGAUGGCCGAGAUUGCGGACCCCCGAGAUCUGUUCAUCUUCCCCCACCUUUACUCACGGGGCUGGCCAUGGAGUCACACCGGCUUGGAGCGGCUGCUGCAGCCGGCAGAAUACCUCCUUCCCCCGGCCACUUGGGCGCGGGACACUCGGCAUCACUCCAUACUGGAAAAUACUUGUCAUCGGCCAUUAACCUCCGUUCUCAUCACGGUGACGCCUUUCCGGUGGGCUCCUCCCCCUUCCUCGGCGGCUACGUGAGCUCCUCCAAUCCGCACGGAGGCCCCGCCCCCAUGACCUCCGACCCGUCCUUCAGGGGGGCCCCCAACCCCACCAACCUGCAGAUGGCGCAGCUGUGGGCCUCCCACCUCCACGAGGGUUUCUCCCACCUGUCUGGCAGCUUGUACCCCGGCUCCUACAUUCCGCUGGGACCCCUGGAGCACCCCAGCAGCGGCAGCCCCCUCCACGCCCAGCUGGGCCAGCACCCCCUCUUCGAGCCCCAGAAAGAGGGCUUCUACCUCCCCGGCCAUGGAGGACCACCCGCCCUGCACUCCCAGUCCGGCCUCUCCGGGACCCACACUCCUAGCUCCCUGUCCAGGGAAAGGGAGGCCCUGCACUACCACAGGGGCGCAAGGGACGGGUCCCGGGACAGGGAGAGGCCCUGCAAGGCCGAGCCGGGCGAGCCUCACCCCCGCGGCCCGAGGGACGGGGACGGACCCAAAGAGGAGCCCCGAUCCCACAGCGUGGUGGACCUCACGGAGGACGACAGGAGAACGGGUGUCCCGCACAGGCCCUCGAAGAAAGCCUCGCCCUUUUUCCGCGAGCCCUCGCCCGGGCCGGGCGGUGGGGAGCUCAAGCCGGGCGCCCCCCUGCAGACGUCAUCGCUUAGCAACUGCAGGGGUGGCACCGGUGCCCCCUCGUCUGGGCCCCCGGGACCGGACCAGGACAGGUGGCACCGGGACCUGAACCACGACGACGAAAACACCAGACCUGGCGUCCUGUGCCAUGGGGACAGGUCGAAAAAAUGCGACCCGGCAGCGACGUCCUCGAUUGGUACCCUGCACGCGUCCCGCGGCAGCCCCUCCCCUCACGGGAAUCCCGCCCACUUACCCAACAGACUGAUGUCCGCUGGCACGUACCCACCUCCCCCUCUCCCUCCCCACCUUCCGCCCAGCCUGUACCCGCUGUACCCCAUCGUGAAGGACCCCGGGAGGGAGCACAGGGUGAUCGCGCCCACGUUCGUGCCUUCGGUCGAGGUCUACGAGGAGAGACUGGGGCCCAUUCAGAUCGCCUCGCAGGCCCGGGAGAGCAAGAGCAGCAGGAGGACGGGGGAGAGGGACUCGAACCGGCAGCCGGGCGGAGAGAGGACUCAAGCGGACUCGGCUCGCCCUCCCCCAGCCCACGAGACCCCUUCCCACCACGGCAGGAGCACGGAAAUUUUACGAGAAGAAGGCUCCGUUAUUCGGUCCAACUGCUUCAGCACGAGGAGGCCGGCGCCUUCGGAAACGCACGCGAGCAGACGGGGGCGCAGCCCGGACGCGGACUCUGCGCCGACCGGCGGCUCGUCCAAAGAGCCGAGCAGAACGGCUCUCGAAGCCGAGUACCACGGCCACGACCGCGACAGAAUCCAGAGGGCGUCGGCGAGAGAAGGCGGCGCGAAGCACAGAGGGGCGGACUCCGCCUGGAUGCACCCGGACCAGCCCUCGCCCAAGGGCUUCGUCUCGCCGGAACACAAGUGGAAGCCCUUCGACAUGGCCGACUACGCCUCCGGCCAGAUGUCCGCCCUCGCGGCCCAGCACGGCCAGGGCCCCAGGGGGGAGGACGACGGAAAGAGCGCCUACCUGGAUCCCUCGGGGGUUCACAGGCCCGCCCCGAGCGGGAGCUCCAGAGGGAGUCCUCAGAGGCUCCACCCGGAACCCCACAGGGAAGUGUCGGCCAUGCAGAGCCUGAUCAAAUACAGCGGCAGCUUCGCCAAGGGCCCCGGCUCCAGGCCCGGGUCCGACGGCAAGGGACCCUUUGGGGGCCUGGGCAGCAUGAAGCCGGAGCCGAAGACCCAGCACUUCCCGUCGCAGCACCCGGGGAAGCAGCUGAAACGGGACCCGGAGCGCCCGGAGAGCGCCAAGUCCUUCGGCCGGGAGACCGUCGGCUCCCAGGGGGAGGUGGAGGUCCGGCACCCCCCGGUGGGGAUCGCCGUGGCGGUGGCGCGCCAGAGGGACAGCGGCAGCAAGCCCGGCUUGGGCCCGGCGGACCGAGAGCGCCCCCUGAUGGGCGGCAUCAAAGGUUCAGGGCGUCCGGAGGAGGACGGGAGGGACGAGGGCGUGCGAGACGACCGGCUCCUGCAGGGCCGACUGGAGCGCGAGCAAGAGAAGCUGCUGAGGGAGAGCAAAGAGCUGGCGGAGUACACGCGCAUGCACCUGCCCGAGGGCACUGCCAACGGGCUCAACCCCAACCCGAUGGUGACGGGGCGCCCGCCCCUGGCUGGCUCCGGGCGCUGGCCCCCGGACCCCGCCUCCCACCUGGUGUCCCACCCCUGGAUGCCCCGCCCGAGCGGCCCCUCCAUGUGGCUCUCCGGCUCCCCCUACGGGCUGGGGCCCCCCUCUCUCCACCAAGGCCUGCCCCCGGGGUACCCCCCGACCCUCCCUGGCUCCAUGCCCCCUCCGUACCAGUUGGCGCGGGACCCUCAGUCGGGCCAGCUGGUGGUCAUCCCCACGGAGCACCUCCCUCACUACGCGGCCGAGCUGAUGGAGCGGAGCCCCCCGCUGUGGCCGGGGCUGUACCCGGGGGCGGGCGCCUCCCUGCAGCACGCGCAGGAGCUGCACCUCCUCUCCCAGCAGCAGCUGCUCCGCCAGCAGGAGCUGCUCAUGAUCCAGCAGCAGGCCGCCCAGGUGAUGGAGCUGCAGAGGAGCGUGCAUUUCGCGGAGAGGCUGAAGGCGAGCGAACAAAGAGCCGAAAUGGAGGACAAGGCGGCCAAAAGGGGCGGCGACGGCUGCGGCAAGCAGGGCGUCUCCACGCGGCCCGGCCCCGCCCUGCACUCCCGAAAGCUGGCGGCCCGCUCCCCGACGCCCUCCCCGUCCCCCUCCUACAGCAAGGCCCUGACGCCCCUCCCCUCCCCCGUCGCCGCCGCCCUCAAGUCUGAGGGCGGGCCCAAAGGGGAGAAGUCCCUGCCCGGGCGCUCGUACUCCCACCCCUCCACCCCCGCCCCCCCGCCCGCCAGCCCCGCCUCCUCCCCGCCCCCGCCGCCUCCCCCUGUCCCGCCCAAGGAGGAGUGCGUGGAAGUGUGCGAGGGCAAAGAGCUGGAGCUUCAGAACCACGUCUCCGCACCCGCGCAGGCUCUGUACCCCGAAAUUCCUCCCGGUUACCCGUACCAGCCGCUACCCGCGCCGUUCGGCAGCCACUACCCGUACCUGCUCCAGCCGGCCGCCGCCGCGGACGCCGACGGCCUGGCGCCCGACGUGCCGUUGCCGGCGGAGACCCUGGAGCGCUCCGCCCCUCCGGCCGACGUCAAGCCCCGCCGCCUGCGCUCCCCGGCCGCGGCGGAGCCCCCGCCGCCGCCCCCGGCGACCCCGGCGCCGCCGCGCCGCGAGGAGCGGGCCACGCCCGGCAACCCCGCGGUGAAGGAGGAGCCCGGGCUGGAGGAGGGCGGGGAGGAGCCCGAGCUCCGGGCGGCCCGCCGCGGCGAGGCGGCCGCGCCCGGCGCGUCUGAGGCGGAGGCGGGGCGACGCACCGUGGUCACGUCCCUGUCGGCGGAAGGGGGGGCGGAGCCCGACGAGGCGCUCGCGGGAGGGAGGGUGAAGCUGGAGGAGACGACGGUCAUAAGCGGACCGGAUCCCUACCGAGCUCCCGCCGCGGGUCCCCUCGCCCCCGAGGCCGAGCCCCCGGUCCGCGAGGGGUCAGCCAGCCCCGCGAGCCUCGCCUACCGCCCCCCCGCCCAUUACGGCGAGCCCCAAGCGUGGGACGGCCCACCCCGGUCGGUCGGCCCCGCCUCCCCCAGACUCGGGGGGGAGACGGACCCGGGUCGAUGCCCGGAGCGGCCCGGCGAUGAGGUCACUGAGAUCGCCCGCGAGACGCCGUCCCCCCCACCUCCUGUCCUGCCCCCCCCACUCCGGCCGCGCCUGUCCGUCGAGGACGUCGCCCCCGACGACCCCAUGGCCGGCAUGAUCGCCCUGGUGGCCGCCAGCGAGCUUCCGCAGGCCCGCCCCCUGCCCGCCCUCGUGGGGGCGGGGCCUCCCCUGGACCACGCCCCCCUGGAGCUUGCCGGGCUGGAGGGGAUGACCCUGCUGGGGGAGAUGGCCGAGCUGGAGCUGGAGAGGCAGUGCUUGGCCGUUCAGUGCGUGGCGGCGUCCUGUGGGCUGGACGUCCUGCUGCAGGCGAGCAGGCAGGUGCUCCUGGAGGAGCUGCGCCGGCCGGCCCUCGCCGUCCGCCUCCCCCGCGAGCUCGACCCCAACAGGAAGUACAGCUGGAUGCAGAAGAAGGAGGAGCCUCUCUUCUCCAAGUCAGCCCUGGAGGGGAUGGACAUCUUGGAGGUGGACUACCGUAUGAGGUUGGCCGAGCUCCAGAGGCGGUACAAGGACAGACAGAGGGAGCUGAUGAAGCUUCAGAGACGGAGAGAGCGCGAGGAGAAGCGGCUGCUGGAGGAGAGCAGCCGGGCGUCGGCCCGCAGGGGCCCCGGGAGGCCCCCCAAGAGGAGGCACAGCCUCGCCGCCCCCUCCUCCCCCGCUGGCAAACCGCUGGACCCCAAGAGCGCCAGGUUCAGCAAGAGCCUAACCCUUUCCGAGGACUCAGAGGCCGGAGAGGUACUGCGGAAGCGAUUUCGGGGACCCGGCCGCGAGGAGGACGAGGAGAUGGACGCGGCCGCGAGGGCGAAGAGGAAGAGCAGGCAGUGGGCCGAUCGGGAGCCCGCGUCGAGCUUCCCCCAGGAGAUGCAGAUGAAGAGCGGCAAGAAGAGGCGGCUGAGCGAGCAGGAGCAGCUGGCCUCCAAGCUGGACAGGGCCCUGUCGCUCACCAAGCUGGGUAAACUCCACCGGGCCCCCUUCCCUUUCGCGGGGGACCCCUGCGGGAGGGCCGCGCCCGGCCCCGGGGGGUGCGGCAAGCUCUCGGCGCUCCGGGAGACGGAGCUCAGGGCCGAGGCGGGGAAGCGGAGCCUCUCCGCGGGGCUCGGCCUCUUCCAGAAGUCGUCGAAAGGAGGUAAAAACAAAAUGGCCGCCAAAACGAAGAACGCGGAGCCCUGCUUGAACGCGAAAGGCCAGCAGAAAGCGCUGUACUCCCCUGCGAGGUCGGACGUCAGCAGCUACUCCAACAACACAGACUCGGAAGAGGAGGAGGAGGAGUUCAUGGCAGGGUGGCCGCCCUAUCCCGCUCUGAGCAGGACGGGAGCCCGCCCCCGAAGACCCGGCCUCUGCAGCAAGGCGUCCAAUCAGAGCUGGCCGCCGUCCAAGAGGGGCGAGGCCUCCGGGAGUCUCCGCCCCCGGCAGGCGCUCGGCAGGACGACGCACAAGCGCUUUGGCCUGCUGCUGCGGGAGGCGGGGGUCAGCUCCUCGGAAGACUCUUUCGACCAAGAAUACUUCAUGGAGAAGGAGGAUUACGAGGACGAGGAUGAUGAGGAGGAGGAGGAGGAUGAAGACGAGUACGACACGAACGACGGGCUGUGCUCCCCCUCCAUGGAGGAGAGCGGGCUGGGCCUCCUCGCCCGAUUCGCCGCCAGCGCCCUCCCCAGCCCCCUUGUCCCCGCCCCCCUCUCUGUGGUCCAGCUGGAGGCCAAGCAGAAGGCCAGGAAGAAGGAGGAGAGGCAAAGCCUUCUGGGCACCGAGUUCGAGUACACCGACUCCGAGAACGACGUGAAGAUCAGGAAGAAGCUCCCGUCGCUGCUGCACGGGAAGCGCGCCGCUCUGGAGCUCCCCCUGCUGGCCCCGGCGAGCACGAGCGCGCCGCGGGAGGACCCCGUUCCCGCCCCGGGCCCCGGCCCCGGCCCCGCCCCCGGACCGGGCCCCGGGAGGCCCAGGGCGGCCGAGCGCGGCAGGAAGCCCAAGAAGGCGCGGCCCCCCCGGGCGCUCAGCCUGGACGCGGCGAUGAUGAUGGAGGCCAGCGACGAGGACCACUGGGCCCGCCGGCGGAGCGAGCGCAUCUUCCUCCACGACGCCGCCGCCGCCGCCGCCGCCGCGUCCACGCCCGUCUCGCCCGUCACGCCCUCCGGCCCCGCCCCCAAACCCGCCCGCUGCCCGAAGAAGGAGGCGGCCAAAGCGAAGGAGGCGAAGGACGUGGUCAAGAAGAGGAAGGCUAAAGAGAGCCCGGUGACCGUGACCCCGCCGCCGCCGCCCUGCCCCGCCCCCGAGGGCCGCGCGGCCCCGCCCUGCCCGCCCCUCAGCCCCGUGCGCCGGGGCAAGGCCAAAGCCAAGCCCAGGGAGGCGAAGAAAGAGCAGGCCAGGGGCAAGGGCGGGGCUGUCAGCAAGCUCAUGGAGAGCAUGGCGGCAGACGAGGACUUCGAACCCAAUCAGGACAGCAGCUUCUCUGAGGACGAGAACGUCCCACUCAGCGGACUCCCGGACCGACCCAGUACCCCCGGCCCGCGUAACUGCGUGAUCCAGAAGGAGGAGCUGCAGGACGGGCUCCGGGUCCUCAUCCCCAUGGACGACAAGCUGCUGUACGCCGGCCACGUCAACACCGUCCACUCGCCCGACAUAUACAGAGUGAUGGUGGAAGGAGAGCGAGGGAACAGACCCCACAUCUACUGCCUGGAGCAGCUGCUGCAGGAAGCGAUCGUGGACGUGAAGCCGCCCUCCGUGAAGUAUCUCCCAGAAGGCACCAGGAUCGCGGCCUACUGGAGUCAGCAGUACCGCUGCCUGUACCCGGGGACCGUAGUCAGGGGCAACCCCGACGUGGAAGAGGACGACGACCUGAUCACCGUGGAGUUUGACGACGGCGACACAGGCCGGAUCCCGCUGUCUCACAUCAGACUCCUCCCCCCCGACUACAAGAUCCAAUGUGCUGAGCCCUCGCCGGCCCUCCUGGUGCCCAGCACAAAGAGACGGUGCAGGAAAUCCAGCAAGGAGGCACCGGAGAGCAAGGAGGCUCUGGAGAGCAAGGAGGUCCCGGAGAGCAAGGAGGUCCCGGAGAGCAAGGAGGCUCUGGAGAGCAGGGAGGCCGGCUCCGGGACCACAGAGGAGCUGGCCCCCAAGAGCAGAGGACGGGGACGGAAACCCAAACCCAAGCCUGAUUCCGAGGUGAUUCCAGAAGAGCGGGAAAAACCCGAAACGUCUGCCGCCAGCGAGGCCCAGGAGACCCUUCCCCCGUCCGGCGGGUCGGUCCCCCGGGCGGGCAGAAAGCGACAACAGGGGAACGCGGCCAGCUCCUCCGCCGCCACGCCCGACGAGGCCCAGAAGAAACCGGUGCCGACCAAGGCCGCCGCCAAGGCCAGCCCCCAGCCGCAAACGGCCUACUCCUCCCCCGUCUACGGGAAAGUCCUCUCGGUCAGCCUCUACGCCGAGCCGUCCCUCUCCCUGGGGUCGUUCGUGUCCGGCGCGAGCUCCGCCCUGGGGAAGGCCAACCCCCCCAGGAAGGGGAGGAAGGGCGACGGCCCCCGCGAGGCCGGGCCCGGGGCGAAGGCGCAGAGGAAGCCGCCGCCGCAGGCCGAGGUCCUGAUCAAGCUGGACCACGAGGGCGUCACGUCCCCCAAGACCAAGAAGACCAAGGCCCUGAUGAUGAUGGAGGACCAGGGCCUCGACAAACGGCAGAGCGCGGCGGUCAUGGGCGUGGCCUACACCGCGGUGCCCGCCGGGGAGGCCGCUCGCAAGCCGGCCAAGGCCAAAGCUCCGGAGAAGGAGGACCCGAAGCCCGGCGCCGUCUCCGCCUACAGCAAGCCGGGCAGGGCCGGGGAGGGCAUGGUCAAGGUUGAUAAGGAGGAGUCGGACAGCAGCAGCAGCAGCGUCGGCUCCGAGUCCGAGGGAGAGGGGGAGGAAGAGGAGCCGAUGAAGGAGGAGGAGGAGGAGGAGGAGGCGGCACAGGAGGACGCCGCGUCCGGCACCUCCCGGGCCUCCAGCCCCGUCUCCACCGACUCCUCCAGCUCCUCCACCAACAGCUCGUCGGCGUCUUCCUCCUCCGGCUCCGGCUCAGCCUCCUCUUCCUCGUCGUCGUCGUCAUCGUCGUCGGCCUCUUCGACCACGACCGACGAGGACUCCCCCUGCAGCUCCGACGAGGAGACGGCGGGCUCGCCUCAAAACUCCUCCUCCUCCUCCUCCUUGUCCACCACCCCCCAGAGCCCCCCGGAAGCUGGUAAGAAGCAGCCUGACCCGCCGGAGGCGCCCGCGUCCGUCCCAACCAAAGGCCAGAGGCGCCAGCAGGCCAAGCUGAAGGAGCAGCAGGGCAAGAGCCCGCCCAAGAGGCGGGAGGGCAUCCACCUCCCCACCACCAAGGAGCUGGCCAAGCGCCAGAGGCUGCCCUCGGUGGAGAACAGGCCCAAGAUCUCGGCCUUCCUCCCGGCCAGGCAGCUCUGGAAGUGGUUUGGGAAGCCCACCCAGAGGCGGGGGAUGAAGGGCAAGGCCAAGAAGCUGUUCUACAAGGCCAUCGUGCGCGGGAAGGAGAUGAUCCGCAUCGGCGACUGCGCCGUGUUCCUGUCCGCCGGGCGGCCCAACCUGCCCUACAUCGGCCACAUCCAGAGCAUGUGGGAGUCCUGGGGGAGCAACAUGGUGGUCCGGGUCAAGUGGUUCUACCACCCGGAGGAAACCAACCCCGGGAAGAAACUGCACGAUGGGAAGGCCUGGGAUCCGAAGUCCGCCAAGGGGCUCCACGCGGCUUUGCAGGCCUCCAAUCAGAGGAAAGACUUCAUGGAGCGUGCCCUCUACCAGUCGUCCCACAUCGACGAGAACGACGUGCAGACCAUCUCUCACAAGUGCCUGGUGGUCAGCCUGGAGCAGUACGAACAGAUGAUCAAGACCAAGAAGUACCAGGACAGCGAGGACCUCUACUACUUAGCCGGAACCUACGAGCCCACCACGGGGAUGAUCUUCAACACGGACGGUGUUCCCAUCAUCUGCUGAACACCCCCCCCCCCAACAGCUGACCAC